AUGCAAACAACAGCAAAUGACCUGAGGUCCCAACAGUUGGUCAACCUCGCCAUUGAGUUCCAAACUCAAAGAAUCAACAGCGGCGUGCCAGAUGUGGAAGAUAAUCCAUUUUUCAUUGCAGACCUGGGACAGGUCACUCGUCAGCACAGACGCUGGAAGCUCAACCUUCCCAAUGUGCAACCAUUCUAUGCGGUAAAAUGCAACUCGGAUCCACUCUUACUUCGUACCCUCGCAGAACUCGGCACCGGCUUUGACUGUGCCUCGAUAGAAGAAAUGCGAGCCGUACUGGCGCUGGGGGUCGAUCCAUCCCGGAUUAUAUUCGCCAAUCCGUGCAAACCGGCUGCGGCGCUCAACUAUGCCAGAGAGGCUGGCAUUGUGACCACGGUCUUUGAUAAUAUAGACGAGCUGCAGACAAUCCAAUCUUAUAUGCCCCAUGCGCAGCUCUUGCUGCGUAUUUACGCCAAUGAUGCCAGUGCUCUCAUCAAUUUUGGAGACAAGUUCGGAGCGCCGGCAAGUAUGACUCGGGCUUUGCUGAAGCGGGCAAAGGAACUUGGUCUUGAUGUUGUUGGGGUUAGUUUUCAUGUUGGCACCGGCGCCAACGACCUAAACUCCUUCCGAAAGGCGAUCAAAGAUGUCGGACUAGUCUUUACCCAGGCCGAAGCGCUAGGCUUCAGGAUGAGGAUAGUUGACGUCGGGGGCGGAUUCCAAGACAAAAACUUCGGAGAAAUAGCGUGCACAAUCUGUGACUCCUUAGUCGACAGUUUCCCCAGCACGACCAGAUUCAUCGCAGAACCGGGUCGGUUUUACAGUCGAGCUGCGUAUACACUGGUUUGCAGGGUGAUAUCCCGGCGGCGGCAGGUGGGAGAAGUAUGCAAGGAUCAACCGGACAUGUUAUACCAGAACGAUGGGCUGUACGGGAAUUUCAUGAAUUGUUUGAUGGAGAAAGAGAUUUUCCAUCCCCUUCUCAUACCGGAUCAGAGUGCGUUUGGGGAGAGAGAGGUUGGGCCUCACAGGUAUACUAUCUGGGGGCCGACUUGUGAUGGAUGUGACUAUGUUGUUCGGGAUACUACUCUUCCUUGUGAGGCGAAGGUCGGGGAUUGGUUGGUGUAUAAGGAUAUGGGAGGUAAGUUGAGUUUAAUUGAGUAUCAACAAAGCUAA